CCAACAUGCGCGUUUUCAAAGCGCACAUCGCUUACACCCCGUCGCCAUGUCAGGAUACCGUCCCAGAAAAAGCACAGCGACUGCAAGGAAACGAAAUGCAGUAUCCGCAUCAAGAGGAUUAAGAACCGCCAUCCCUACAGCUAUUCUGGCAGGAACUUUCGCUGCUCUAGCAUCUGUUUUUGCGAAGUUGACCCUUGAUGUCAGGACAAUCAAUUUUUUACAGUAUGCAUGCAACUCUUUUAUAGCACCCACAACUCCAUAUUGUACAACACUUUUCAUUGCUAAGGAAGGGGAGACGAGUCCUGUAGUAGUUGCUGUGAGAACCAUUUGUUUUGCUCUGAUCUUCAUCUGUAAUGCAGUCAUGUGGACUCUUUUCACAAAGGCCUUGAACCGAUCUAAGUCCUCAGCAACCGUAACUGUAAUCAAUAGCGCUGCCAACUUUUGCUUGACAGCUGUACUAGGAUAUGCACUCUUCUCUGAGCCAUUGACGUUGCAAUGGUGGUUUGGUGCCUGUCUAAUUGUGCUUGGCAGUGUCCUUGUGAGUUCAAGCGAGGCUUCAAAACAAAAGGCUGAUUAAGUUGUUAAAUCAAACAAUUAAAAGACUUCUCUCCAAUGAUGCAUGCUUGUGUUUGUUUGUCAUUUAAUGAUGUGGAUGACAAUGCAUGCUUGAAAUAGCUUUAAUCUCAGUUGCACAGACACAUGAAACAUCAGAAAGAACGCGUUCGCAAUAAAAUUAACCAAUGUAUCC